CGUCCUCCUCAUCUGGUCUCACUGCUCUCACGCUUCUCUCUUCCUCUGCAGCCACGAUGCUCAGGGGUCUCUCGGGCCGAUGGGGUCUUUUCCUCCUGGCUGCUAUGAUUCCUGGCGUCCAGCUCCAGAGCACCGACAGCUCUUUCUCGCCCGUCUCCGGCUCGGAGGUUGAGAUCUUUCGGCCGGUCCUGCAGCCCACUGAGGCCACUCCUCCAUUAGGGACCUACAUACUGAAAGGUCUGGAUGGGAAACCAUGUAUCAAAGCCACCAUGGGAGUCGAGUUCAUCGUCAUCCAGAAGAAGACCUGGUACUUCAGCCUGGACCCGUCCAGGGUCAGGAGGAGCGGCUACUGUGGCAAAGAAGCUGCUGUUCUCUCUCUCACACUGCCAGGAAACGCCGCCAGUCUGCAGCUCACCUUCAAAAAGGAAAAUAAAGUUUUCUACAUCACCAAGGUGACGUCUCACCUGUCUCCUCUGCCUGUUUGCCCAAAGUGUGCCAAUAAGACGUUCUCUGGCUUGUUGGAUCACGACAAGUUGUUCAAAUCCCAGAACGGUCGCAGCUUCUCCUGCAAAUCUGAGAGUUUGCUGUUGAUGUCGUCCGAGCUGAGGAUCAAACUGGUGCCGCUGCAGUUUCAGGCCUUCACUCUGAACAAGGGAGGCUAUGGAAAAGAGGUGGAGUGCUGGGCUGACUUCAACAAGCGAGUGAUUCCCAUCAUCAUCGGGGCCACGGUGGUGGGCCUCCUCCUCAUCGCCGUGCUGACCUUCCUCGUCAUCAAAGACCGCCACAGACAAGGCUACGACGAACUCUGAGGAAUUCACUCCGUCUCAAAGAAUAGUUCACAAGAAAAUUCUGUCACGAAAGGUUUUCAAAGUCUUCUCCUGA